CUUGCGCGACCACCACUCUUCGCGCAAUGACACAAGCACUCAGCGAGGACGACAUCUACCGCACGUCCACACAGUACCGUCUAUGGUCCUUCUCCCCCGAUGCUCUCGCCUCCCUUCGCACCAAGACCCGUGAGAUUGCCGUAGAGCGCCUGCGGCGGUCCAGCGAGCAGCAGGCGGCCAGAAAUGACGAGCCCGAGGUCGUCGAAUACCUCACGGAGGAUGAAGAGCUCCGGCUCACCCAGCGCUACUGCGACCAGAUCCGCUCGACGAGCGACCACCUGAAAUGGCCGGUCCACGUCAAAGCCACCGCCGUGCAGUACCUCAAACGCUUCUACCUUUCCAACUCCUGCAUGACGUAUCCGCCGAAAGAGAUAUACAAGACCGUGCUGUACUUGGCAUCGAAGACCGAGGCCAUCCAUAUCACCGUCUCCGACUAUGCCAGGCGCAUCUCGACCGAUCCCGAGCAGGUGCUCGCGCCGGAAUACAAAGUGAUGCAGGCCUUGCGCUUCACCCUCGACGUGAAGCAGCCUUUUCGCGGGCUAAAGGGAGUGCUGAUGGAGUUGUUGAACCUGGCCGAGGGACUGGUUGGUGCGGUGGACGGGGCGGACUCUAUGAACGGGGACGAGGUGAAAGCUUCGAUGCUGCAAGUCCGCAGGCCGCCAGAAGGAAAUCGUACACAAUGGACGCCGCCCAGCUCGGGUACUCUCGACGGAAAACAUCUCAAUGACCGAAUACAGGCGGCCUACUCUGCCGCAAGGACGCUAUUGGACGCCCCGGCACUACUGACCGACGUCUACUUCCUGUACACUCCAUCUCAAAUCCUUUUGGCCGCCAUGCACGUUGCGGACGAACCCCUUACCAGCUUCUACCUAUCCACCAAGCUACCCAUCUCGCUUUCCACACGCCCCCAGAUCCUUGCCACGAUUCAUGCAUGCGCGGACAUGCUGGCUGCUUUCGACCAAGGUGCAGUGCUUACCAAAGACGAGCGGACGGCGUUGGAGGCGAAGCUUGACAAGUGUCGAGACCCUGGCACGAAAGACUUGAUCAAAGCGUUCGCGGCUAUGAGGCAGGAUGGGAUGGAAGAUGGAAAGGUGGAAGAGGGCGUGGCGCAGAAGCGAAAGGCGGCAAGGGAGAAGAAUGAGCGGGACGGGGACGACUUGUUUGGGCCGAGUCUACCGAAGACGAACGAAGGCAGUCGAUGAAUGCCACCGAGACUAGGGAGGAUUCUGUUGGAUACUCGCCUAACGAAGUAACGUACCAUAGACAUCCCAUACCCUCGUCGCUGUCAGAACAAGUACUCAUGAACGUAACGUACUAUGGCAAUGCCAUUGGAUCGCAUUUUGCAAA